UAUUGGGCCGAGUAGCUGAUCCAUCCCAGCAUGCCCACGAAGGCCCAUCGCUCAACCUAGCUGCAGCCGAGAAGGAUGAGGAAGCAGAAUCUUUUACUGUCAACUUACCUUCUCCUACUAUGCCUAGGUUACGUAAGAGCCAUUGUAAACCCUUGUUGUCUCCUGUUGAGAAGGGUAUAAAUACAUCUCUUGUAAGCCCUUUGGCCAU